UAAUAUAUACCUGUUGUUCUUGCAGACAUUGUUUCCUCCUUGACUUUUCUGGUAUCCUACUUCUAUUUUCUGAAGGUUUUUGCUUUUCUCUUAUCUUCCAGGCUUCCUUCUGAACAAGGACUUAUCUCCAAAAUAGCACACCAAGGGAUCUGCAUUGUCUCAGUGGGAAAUGAGGGAGAGGUUCAAAAACUGGGCGCCUAAGACUAAUUCUAGAAAACCUUUGGAAGUCAGAGUUAGAGAAGGAAUAAGACAAUCAGAAAGACUAUUACAGGCAAGAGAUGAUAACACAUGACAAAAUGUCCAUUUUCAGCCCAGGGACGCGCCUACCUCAGCAUCCACGGGGUUUCUCUACAGAGAAGCCCUAUAAAUGUGAGGAGUGCGGGAAAGCCUUCAGGCGAGCCUCACACCUGUCCCAGCAUCAGAGUAUUCACACUGGUGAGAAACCCUAUGAAUGCAAGCAGUGUGGGAAGGCCUUUAGUCGUGAUUCCCAGCUAAGCCUUCAUCAGAGACUUCACACCGGUGAGAAACCCUACACGUGCAAGGAAUGUGGAAAGGCUUUCACUCAGAGCUCACAACUUAUUUUGCACCAUAGAAUUCAUACUGGUGAGAAACCAUACAAAUGCGAAGCAUGUGGGAAAGCCUUUAUUCGAAGCUCACAACUCAGCCGGCAUCAAAAGGUCCACACUGGAGAGAAGCCUUUCGAAUGUAAAGAAUGUGGGAAGGCCUUCACCCAGAACUCACAGCUCACUCUGCACCAGAGGCUGCACACUGGCGAGAAGCUUUACGACUGUAAAGAGUGCAGGAAGGUCUUUACGCAGCUCUCGCAGCUCAUUCUCCACCGACGAAUCCACACUGGCGAGAAGCCCUAUGAAUGUAAAGAGUGUGGGAAAGCUUUCAUUUGUGGCUCACAGCUUUCGCAGCACCAGAAAACCCACAAUGGAGAAAAGCCGUACGAGUGUAAGGAGUGUGGGAAGGCUUUCAUUCGCGGCUCGCUGCUUAUGCAGCAUCAAAGAAUCCACACUGGCGAAAAACCCUACAAAUGUGACGAAUGUGGAAAGGCUUUCAUCCGUGGCUCCCAGCUCACUCAGCACCAGAGGAUUCACACUAACGAAAAGCCGUAUGAAUGUAAAGAAUGUGGGAAGACCUUCAGUCAUGGCUCCCAACUAACUCAACAUCAGAGAAUCCACACUGGCGAGAAGCCCUAUCAGUGUAAGGACUGUGGGAAAGCCUUUAAUCGAGGGUCACUCCUUACUCGACACCAGAGGAUUCACACCGGUGAAAAACCCUACAAAUGUAAAGAAUGCGGGAAAGAUUUCAGCCGGGGCUCAGAGCUUACUCAGCACGAGAGAAUCCACACGGGCGAGAAACCCUAUGAGUGCAGGGAGUGUGGGAAGGCCUUUAUCCGUGGCUCGCAGCUCACUCAGCAUCAGAGAAUCCACACGGGGGAAAAGCCGUACGAGUGUAAAGAAUGCCGAAUGGCCUUCACUCAGAGCUCACAUCUUUCCCAGCAUCAGAGACUUCACACGGGUGAGAAACCCUACGUGUGCAGCGAAUGUGGGAAGGCCUUUGCGCGUGGGUUGCUGCUCAUACAGCAUCAGAGAAUCCACACGGGCGAGAAGCCCUAUGAGUGCAGGGAGUGUGGGAAGGCUUUUAUCCGUGGUUCACAGCUCACUCAGCAUCAGCGAACUCACACUGGAGAGAAACCUUAUGAAUGCAGGGAAUGUGGGAAGGCCUUUGGUCACGGCUCUCAGCUCACUCUGCAUCAGAGGGUCCACACAGGUGAGAAGCCCUAUGAAUGUAAGGAGUGCAGAAAGGCCUUCGCUCAGAGCUCACAUCUUUCUCGGCACCAACGGGUUCAUACCGGCGAGAAACCGUAUCAGUGUAAAGAAUGUGAAAAGGCCUUUACACGUGGGUCCCAACUAACGCAACAUCAGAGAAUUCAUAUCAGCGACAAAUCUUUUGACUGUAAGGAAUGCCGAAUAGACCUUAGUCAUCAUUCACAAAUUUUUAUAUGAGUUAAUUUAUUCUAUGCAAGUAACAUAGUUCUCCCUAGCCAUUCAUUCUUUAUCAGUGAAGAAUUCUUACAGAUGUGAAUCUGGGAUUCGUGAAGUUAUUUGAGAAUGUAUGUGGGAGAGUGGAAAUGCUGACAUUUCCACAUAGGGAAACCGUUUGUUUCCAUGUUCCCUUGGUAUUACAUUUUAGCAGUUAAAAUGGAAAGCGAUUCCAUUGCUGUUGUAUAGAAGGUUCUUAGCAUAGAAAAUGUCAUUAUUACAUUAUCCAGGUGCUAUCAGUUGGUCUCCUUUGUGACAUUUGUUAUGAGUAACCUGACUUUCAUUGAAGCAUUUGUAAGGCAGAUCUAAGACCCAGUGUUUUCAUAAGAGUCUUCUAAAUAUCAUGUUUUAACAUGUAAAAGCACUUGGAUCGGUGCCUUUUACAGAGCGUAUCAUAAAUAUUAGCUGUAUUUUCAUUAUUUGCAUCAAAAGGAGGGAACUUGAUGAAUGUAGUUAUCAUUAAGAAAUCUUUGAUGGGGCUGGAGAGAUGGUUAAGAGCACUGACUGUUCUGCCAGAGGUCCUGAGUUCAAUUCCCAGCAACCACAUGGUGGCUCACCACCAUCUGUAAUGGGAUCUGAUGCUCUCUUCUGGUGUGUCUGAAGACAGCUACAGUGUACUCAUAUAUAAUAAAUAAAUAAAUUUUUAUAAAAGGAGAGGGUCAUUUAAAAAAA